UUGGGGCUGUCCGUGCGCACGAGCUCGGCGGGGUGGUCCGCGAUGAUCUCCACCAUGGUCCGGUUGUCGUGAGGUCGGAGUCUCGGCACCACCGCGUUCGGCUCCGGCUGCGCAUCGCUCAUCUUCCCCGCCACAGGCUGAAGGGUGCUGGACGGCGGACUGAACCUGCGGCUGGUGCUCGGAUCUACCGGAAUGCGCAUCACAACAAUGUCAGCAAAGAUGAGCAACAGCGCUGCGAGCCCCAUGACAGCGAACAGCAGCAGCAGCAGAUCCGGAAAGGCCACCAGCUUCAUCCCUGAGCUGCAGAGCAUGAUGUUUGCUCUUGGAGACUCUCGGAGGCCUCUACACGAGACUGCCGCCCUGGUGGAGGAUAUAGUGCACACACAGCUCAUCAACCUCCUUCAUCAGGCUGCAGAAGUGGCUCUCCUGAGAGGAGCUCGGGUCAUUUCACCAGAGGAGAUCAUCUUCCUGAUGAGGAAAGACAAGAAAAAAAUAAAGCGACUCUUCAAGUACAUGCAGUUCAGAGACUACAAAUCUAAAGUCCUGAAAACCAUUGAUGACGAAGACCUGCUGGAUUCAGAUAAAUACAGCAGCAGCAGCAGCAGCAAUGUGAACAAGAGGCAGCGUCUAGCGGAGGACUUCCUGAGCUCCAUUGACCAGACUGGGGAGUUUCUGACACUGAUGGAAGACGAUGAACUGGAUGAAGUCAAGCAAGAGCGUCUGGAGAAAUUAGGGAAAAAAAUAAUCCGGAAGGCUAAUAAUUCUGACUUCAGCUGUAUAUGUAAACUGAAACAGUGUCAGUUUACCAAGAAGGCAUCUAAGUUUCGUGAGUGGCUGGACUGCAGCAGUCUGGAUGUGAAGCCCAAUGCAAUGUCUAUGGAGAUCCUGUCAUAUCUGGCCUACGAGACCGUGGCACAGGUUGUUGACCUUGCUCUGUUGGUUAAACAAGAUAUGACUCCCAAAACUGGUGAUCCGUUUCAGUACGCCAUUUCUGCUACUUACAUCCAAUACUGCAGCUCCUCGGCUGAGGCUUCGAGCAGCAAAAAGGAUUUGGAUUCUCCAGAUAACACCCCUCCAUCCACUCCGUCCGGUGCGGGACACCAGGGGAAGAUGCACUUAAUGACGCAGGGCAAUGGCGGACCCAAUCAAGACGCCAGCAGUAAAGCUAAACAGAGGAAGAGGAAGAAGAGCGCAGCGGCGUGUGUAUCAGAGACUCAGAGCAGUGCCAUCCAGCCAGCCCACAUCAGAGAGGCCAUCAGGCGCUACAGCCACAGGAUCGGGCCGCUCUCCCCCUUCUCAAGCGUCUACCGCAGGAACGGCAUGACUUUCCUGGCCUGCUGAGGUCAAUGAGAGAGCUGGACUCAACACUGCAGGAUGACUGCGCUCAGUGUGUGUCACCUCAAGCUGAAUCACACACUUCUUUUUAUUUCGUAUUCAUAGAUUGAUGUAACACUCUAGUAAGAGUUUCCUCUUUUGUAAACGGCUUUAAUUUCCGACCUUUAGUCAGUUUUGAUUUGUUUUGCAUUAGAAUUGUUGAUGAUGUGUAGAAGUAGUUCCUGCUGUUGAGUAAUGGAAACCAUCUUCAUCUUAGUAACACUUUACAAAUGUAGUUACUUGCAUUUGUAUUGAGCUUGUUGACUUGUGUUCACAUUUUUAUAUGUCAAAUCUUGAAAUAAAAACAUGCUCUGUUUAUUUCUAGA